AAUCAACAAGAAUGAAUCAUUCAACCGUUUCAGAAACUGGGGUUAUUGAAAAGUACAUUGGUACUAACUUUCAAUUGAAAAUCUCGUUGAUAGUUUUUAUUCCUCUUGUUGUAUACUUGUUUACAAGAACAAAGAGCUUGAAGCCUUCAGCUGAAGUGUCUAAUGGAAAAACAAAGAGGUAUAACCCCAAUGAACGUCCCUUAGGUGUCUGGAAUCCUGAUUAUAAUUUCAAAACUCCAGUUCCUGAGCCAUAUCCAAACUGGGAUAUCGAAACCACUAAACCAUUACCGUACAGGGCAUUCAGACACAAGUACAAUGUGACAAUGGGACUCAGAAAUAUGGAUUGGUCAAGUUGGAUCGAAUUAGAUAACGAGUGGCCCAAAUUUCAUGAAUUAAAGUUGCAGAGAUUGGCAGGUGACAUGGGUGAUACUUUACAUGACAUAUCACCCAUGGCUAGAGAUGCAUCUUGGGAAUUGUUACGAGAAUUAUGUGGGUAUUUACCUCAUAGAUAUCCUAAAUUAUUCAAAUUUGAACACGAAGUGAUGGAAAUCUUGCCUACUGGAGAAAAAUUCGAUCUUAAUGAUGAAAAGUUGGAUCCUAUAGUCACAUCAGCCAAGUUCCUUCAAGAUGAUAUUGCUAUUGUAGUUGAAAACGAUGAUGGUGCUUACUCACUCGAAGCUGGUUGCAUUUGUCUUGCUGGAUUUUGGAGAUUAAAAGACAAGUUCAGGAUGAAGCUUGAUGAAAUUCACCAAAGUGGAGAUGUUCCUCAGUACGAUGAAAGAUUAAAAACAGGAAUGAAUAAGUUUUUCAGAAGAUUAGCCGUGGAUAAACCGGUGGUGAGAAACAAUUAUUUCAUUCAAACCGAUAAUGACUUGGCAUGGUCAUACUCUAUUGGUUCAGAAAAGACUGAAAAAGUAGGCUGGUAUACUGCAGAAGAAGCUACCGAUGUUAAUAUGCUUUACUAUAGAAGUGAAAGACAAAGUUUGAGAAGAUUACCUAUUUCAGGGGCUGUUGUAUUCACUAUUAGAACUUACUUUAUUCCAAUAGCUAAAUUGUGUGAAGAACCUUAUGUUCCUAGAAGAUUAUUCAAUGGUCUUUCCAGCUGGAGUGACGAUGUUGGGGAAUAUAAAGGAUUCCAUAAGUUCAAAGAUAUAUUAUUACCUUAUUUAGAACAGAAAGCUAAAGAGCAAGAGGCGAAUGGUUUAGAUCCAACCAAAGAACCGCAAGGAUUCCCAUUUUAAUUUUUAGUAGUUUAAUAAAUAUUGUAUACAAUUGUGUUUAUAUUGCAGAUUAUAUCAUGACCACAAUCAGAAACAAUAUUCUACAACACGAAAUAUACCAAAAUAUCUAAUGUACAUU